AUGGGGGGAGGAGAGGGGGGAGGGGGAGGCAGGCUUCUGGUCGCCUUCUCUACAUGUGACGCAGGGGAUAUGAGGGACUUUGACAGAACAGUCUGUGACGUGUCUGAGGAGAAGGCCCCGGAGCCGCAACAAGUGCGCGCCACAGCGGACAGAAAAGACCCUCCCGCGGGCAGACACCGGCUCCACAGGCGGCUCCGGGCUCCGACACCGCGGGCUCGUGCGCGUAAAAUCAGCAAUCACAGCGCGUUGGCUUCGGCUGUUGAGGGGCCGCACCGUCCGCAGUGUGAGGCUCAGUGUGAGACGCAGUGUGAGGGGAGAGCACCGGGCGACGCCAGCAUCUCACACCGGGAACUAUCCACGUUUUUACGCACGGGACCUGUAUAUUUUUCGCCCUGUUCCGAGGAUCCGCGAGGAAAACUUUUUUGUUGUUGUUGUAUUUAUAUAUAUUUAUUUAUUGAUAGGCCGGUCCUCCCCGUGGUCUUCGCGGCUGUGCUUGCUCGGAUGCCCCGAUGA